GAAGCUCCCGGGGCCGGGCACAGACGUGUCGCUGCCAUGGCGGAUCCCGGGCGGCUGGAGCGGCUGGAGCGGCGUGUGCGGGAGCUGGAGGAAGAGCUGGCCCGGGAGAAGCGCGGGCGGGCGGCGGCGCGGGCCCGCAUCGACACCAUGAGCGCCGAGGUGACCGACUCCAACCCCUACAGUCGCUUGAUGGCAUUAAAAAGAAUGGGGAUUGUCAAAGACUAUGAGAAAAUCCGUACCUUCACAGUUGCAGUAGUAGGUGUAGGGGGUGUUGGCAGUGUGACUGCUGAAAUGCUGACAAGGUGUGGCAUUGGUAAGCUGCUUCUGUUUGACUAUGACAAAGUGGAACUGGCAAACAUGAACAGACUCUUCUUCCAACCUCAUCAAGCUGGAUUAAGUAAAGUGCAAGCAGCAGAACAUACUUUGAGGGAUAUUAAUCCUGAUGUUCAGUUUGAAGUACAUAACUACAACAUCACAACACUGGACAACUUUGAGCACUUCAUGGAUAGAAUAAGUAACGGUGCACUGGAGGAAGGGAAGCCUGUGGAUCUGGUUCUAAGCUGUGUGGACAACUUUGAAGCUCGCAUGGCAAUUAACACGGCCUGCAAUGAACUUGGACAAAUCUGGAUGGAGUCUGGAGUGAGUGAAAAUGCAGUGUCAGGACACAUCCAGCUGAUCAUCCCUGGUGAAUCUGCUUGUUUUGCGUGUGCUCCUCCACUGGUAGUAGCUGCAAAUAUUGAUGAGAAGACAUUGAAACGUGAAGGAGUUUGUGCAGCCAGUCUUCCUACAACCAUGGGUGUUGUGGCAGGAAUGCUUGUGCAAAAUGUUCUCAAAUACCUGUUAAAUUUUGGUACUGUGAGUUAUUAUCUUGGUUACAAUGCGAUGCAGGAUUUCUUCCCAACUAUGUCUAUGAAGCCAAACCCCCAAUGUAGUGACCACAAUUGCAGAAAACAGCAAGAAAAUUAUAAGAAAAAAGAAGCUGCAAGACCAAAAGAAGAAGUAAUUGAAAAGGAAGAAGAAAUAGUACACGAAGACAAUGACUGGGGUAUUGAAUUAGUAUCAGAAAUUUCAGAAGAUGAACUGAAGGCUGCAUCUGGCCCUGUACCUGAGCUUCCUGAGGGAAUUAGUGUAGCAUAUACUAUCCCAGACAAGGAAGAGAAUUCAAUAACUGGGGAGACAGUAGCAGAGUCUGAAGAAAGCCUAGAAGAACUCAUGGCCAAAAUGAGAAACAUGUAGAAAAACAAAUAUUAAGUACAACUUUCAUGAGUUUGGACGGACAUUGGAUUUUGAGAAGACCGGAUUUCUUACUUUUUUCCUUUUUUUUCCUUCCAUUGAAGCUUACCUUUACUUUUCUGAUGAAACAGAACUGUUACAGGGGCAGGAAGGACACAGACUUAACAUUGUUUAUAUUCUGUUCUCUCAUCAUGUCUUUAUUAACCAAUAGAGCUGUGCUUCUGUAAAUUUUAGUUUCUCAGCAUUGCUAGUGUCCAGAUAUUCAGUAGCAAAUAAAAGGACCUGAAUAAACUAAAAAAGCAGGCACAGCACAUUAUAUACCCUAUCAUGUGAUGAGAAUAGCACGUAGAACAGAGCAAGGGAAAGAUGAAAUCUGCUGGAGUGGACUGAGUAGGUGAAGGGCAGAUGAUAAUGCCUCUCUCAUGGUGCUGCUCCUGAUUUUCCAGGCACUUGUACUUGGUUGUCAUUCACAGGUCUAAAGUCUUGGCAUGGAUCAUGCUG